UAAGCCUCAAUUGUUGGAGUUGGAACUAGGGUUUCUUUUCUUUCUUCUCUAGAUCCUUCCAAAUCCAAAAAAAAUCCUUUAAAUCCCAACAAAAUUCCCAAAAUCCUCACUCCUAACAUUACUUGAUUUGGUUUCUCAUUCCCAAUUUUAAUGGCAAAAUACGACGAAGGCGACAAAUGUUGGAUCGUCGAAGACAGACCCGACGGCACAAACGUCCACAACUGGCACUGGCCCGAAACCAACUGUGUAGAAUGGUCCAGAACCUUCUUCAGCAAGCUCUUCAACAACCUCAAAAUUCUCGACGGCGAGGGUAACUUCCAUGCCACCGUCAAGAAGGUCAAAAAUCUCGAUGGCAAGGCAUACGUUAACGUCCGCAAGGGGAAGAUCGUUCUGGGAUACGAAAUCAGUGUGUCGAUUUUGUGGGAAGGUGAAGAGAGGGAUUUUGAUGGGAAGAUCUUGCAUAAGGUUGUUGGGAGUUUUGAGAUUCCGUAUAUUUCCGAUGAGAAUGCCAAUGAGGGUCCGAAGGUUAGGGUUAGUGUUAAAGAUGAGAGGGUUAUUGGGAAGAGUUUGAAGGAGGCGAUUGUUGUGAAAGGGAAGGCGGUGAUUUUGGAGAAGGUUAGGGUUUGGGUUGAGAGUAUGUUGAAAGGUGGACCGGUUAAAGAUGAGCUUGAGAGUAAGAAGGGUUAG